AAUCAGUUUACUGCAGGCCAUACGCCAAAUAGGACGUAGAAAAGUAGCGUAAUAGUAGUCAAUAUUGCGUUCACUCUUAUACCGGUUCAUAUACGACUUACAUAUAUGUAUAUUAUAAACAUUUAAAUACUUGUUGUUCAAAGUGCAACAAUAACAUAUGUAAUUACGUUAACACAUUUAAGUGAAAAUGAUUGUGCUACUCCUUGGUCUACUGCUGGUUACAAUACUUUUCUGGUUGAUCAGACAGCAGUAUUCUUAUUGGAAUCGUCGUAAUUUUCCCACCGAUCCCACCGAUAUGCAAAUACCUUGCGGUUGUUUGAAAUCGGUGGUGAAACAUGAAAAAUCUAUGGGCGUGGCAAUUUAUGACGCCUACUUAAAGUCAAAUUCACCAUUCGUGGGCGUUUAUUUACUUUUUCGACCGGCGGUGCUAAUACGCGAUCCCGAAUUGGCGCGACAAAUACUUAUACAAGAUUUUAGUAGUUUUCACGAUCGUGGCAUUUAUGUGGACGAGAAGCGUGAUCCCUUGUCAUGCAGUUUAUUUGGUUUACGCGGUCAAAGUUGGCGCUCGUUGCGUCAGAAGCUUACACCUUCCUUCAGUUCGGGCAAAUUGAAGGCAAUGUUUCACACUUCCGACGACAUUGGCAAUAAAAUGGUUGCACAUCUGAAUAAAGUGCUGCCGGAGGAGGGUAGCGCGGAGUUGGACUUGAAAGAUGUAUUUGUGACCUAUGCCAUUGAUAUUAUCGGUUCUGUUAUCUUUGGUUUGGAAAUCAACAGCUUUGAAGAUCCCAAGAAUAAAUUCAGAACCCUUGUACACAAAGCGCGCCGUAACAAUUUGUUCAGUGCCAAUUUUGCAAUGUUUAUAUUCUUGUGCCCGUCCAUCAUCAAAUUCAUGUUUCGCUUGGGUCUAAAAAACUACACAGCCGUUGGUUUGCGUGACAUUAUGAAAGAGACAAUUGAAUAUCGUGAGAAACACAAUAUAGUACGCAAAGAUAUGUUGCAAUUGAUGAUGCAGCUACGGAACACGGGCAAAAUCACCGAGGAUGAUGAAAAUUGGAGCACAAACCCCAAUGCAGCCACUGGCGAACAAAACGAAUUCACUAUCGACCACAUUGGUGCGCAGGGUUUCAUUUUCUAUAUUGCUGGUCAGGAGACUACUAGCUCUUCAGCUGCUUUCACCAUCUUCGAAUUGGCGCAAUACCCAGACCUGUUGGCACGCGCCAAGAAGGAAGUGGAUGAAGUGCUGGAACGCCACAACGGUCAGUUGAGCUAUGAUGCCUUGCGUGAAAUGUCUUUUCUCGAAUUAUGUUUACAAGAAACCAAUCGGAAAUAUCCGUUGCCCUUCUUGAAUCGUGAAUGUACACAAGACUACACCAUACCCGGCACCAGUCAUGUCAUCGAGAAAGGCAUACCCAUUGUUAUACCGCUGCUCGGUAUUCAUCGUGACCCACAAUACUUUCCGAAUCCGAUGACAUACGACCCGGAUCGCUUUUUGCCUGGAAGUCCAAAUUAUAAUGCCAACGCUUACAUGCCGUUCGGCGCUGGCCCACGUCAGUGUAUUGCUCUGCGUAUGGGCAUGAUCAACUCGAAGUUGGGCAUUGUAAAAGUUUUACAAAACUUCAAUAUUGAAAUUAUGAGUAGACGAGAAAUUAUUAUCGAUAACCACUCCGUGGGUAUUCAACCGAAAGGUGGCGUCAAAGUACGGCUAUCGAAGAAAGCCCAGGUCCAAAAUAGCAACUACUUAACUUCAUUUUCUUCCCUACAUGCACUUGACAGCAUCAUCAAAUUCAUGUUUCGCUUGGGUCUAAAAAACUACACAGCCGUUGGUUUGCGUGACAUUAUGAAAGAGACAAUUGAAUAUCGCGAGAAACACAAUAUAGUACGCAAAGAUAUGUUGCAAUUGAUGAUGCAGCUACGGAACACGGGCAAAAUCACCGAGGAUGAUGAAAAUUGGAGCACAAACCCCAAUGCAGCCACUGGCGAACAAAACGAAUUCACUAUCGACCACAUUGGCGCGCAGGGUUUCAUUUUCUAUAUUGCUGGUCAGGAGACUACUAGCUCUUCAGCUGCUUUCACCAUCUUCGAAUUGGCGCAAUACCCAGACCUGUUGGCACGCGCCAAAAAGGAAGUGGAUGAAGUGCUGGAACGCCACAACGGUCAGUUGAGCUAUGAUGCCUUGCGUGAAAUGUCUUUUCUCGAAUUAUGUUUGCAAGAAACCAAUCGCAAAUAUCCGUUGCCCUUCUUGAAUCGUGAAUGUACACAAGACUACACCAUACCCGGCACCAGUCAUGUCAUCGAGAAAGGCAUACCCAUUGUUAUAUCGCUGCUCGGUAUUCAUCGUGACCCACAAUACUUUCCGAAUCCGAUGACAUACGACCCGGAUCGCUUUUUGCCUGGAAGUCCAAAUUAUAAUGCCAACGCUUACAUGCCGUUCGGCGCUGGCCCACGUCAAUGUAUUGCUCUGCGUAUGGGCAUGAUCAACUCGAAGUUGGGCAUUGUAAAAGUUUUACAAAACUUCAAUAUUGAAAUUAUGAGUAGGCGAGAAAUUAUUAUCGAUAACCACUCCGUGGGUAUUCAACCGAAAGGUGGCGUCAAAGUACGUCUAUCGAAGAAAGCCCAGGUCCAAAAUUAAUACAUAGUAGGCAUAAGAUUCUGAAACGUAAAUGUAACUUCGUUGGUGCUAAGAUUAUUUAAAGUA